UCACAUCACACAGCAGCCAGACAAUUCAAACCACACCGGGGGCUCCACGCUCGCUGCCCUCUCUCUCUCUCCCCCCGAUCCGUUGGAAACAAACCCCCAGCCCGUCCAAAUCGCCCGCACCCAGAAUCCGAAUCCACCCGGCGCCCGUGAUUCAAACCAGGGCACGCCCCCGCUUCCUCGCUCGCCCUCUCCCACACCCGCGUCGCGCGGCGGCGGCGGCGGCCCUCGCCGUGGCGAUGGAAACCCUAAUGGUGGACCGCGUCCACGCCAGCCUCCGCCUCUUCAUGAACCGCAACGCCGUCUUCCUCUGCGAGCGCCUCUGCGCCCAGUUCCCCGCCGAGACCAAUGUGCAAUUGCUAGCGACUUGCUACCUCCACAACAACCAGCCCUAUGCUGCAUACCACAUAUUGAAAGGUAAGAAGUUGCCGGAGUCUCGGUACUUGUUUGCUAUAUCAUGCUUUCGAAUGAACCUCUUGCGGGAAGCUGAAGAAACUCUAUGUCCAGUCAAUGAACCAAACGUUGAGGUUCCAAGUGGUGCGACAGGACAUUACCUUCUUGGAUUAAUUUACAGGUACACUGGCAGAGUGGCACCAGCAGCUGAGCAAUUUACACAAGCUUUGACUCUAGACCCUCUUUUAUGGGCAGCAUACGAGGAAUUGUGUAUACUAGGUGUUGCUGAAGAUGCAAAUGAAUGUUUCAGCGAAGCAACUGCUCUACGUCUCCAGCAGGAACACACAUCGACAUCAAAUUUGGAGAAGUCAAACUUUGUCAAUGAAAACCGGGUUCUAUCUUCUAAUGUAUCAGCCAGCCUCGUGGAUAUCAGCCCAAAGCAAAUAAAACAACUGCAUGCUAACAACACAGCUGAAGUACCUGGUUAUCCUCAUUUAAGAGCAACUGCAUUGCAUGUGCAGAACAGUGUACCAUCUAAUGUAGGACAGUUUGAUAGCCCAUCACCAACUGUAACACAGCAGACUUCUGGUAUUGUUCCACCACCACUGUUUAGGAAUGUCCAUGCCUAUCAGAAUACAAUUAUUGGUGAUGCUCCAGCCAAACCAAAGAUGAAUGCAGUGAACCAACCACUGAGAAGAAAAUACCUGGAUGAAGCAAGACUGAAGAAGCCUUUUCAGGUUACUGGAAGGCUCUUUAAUCAGAGUAGUGAGUCAAUACCUCGAAGAAGUGCAAGACUUUCUAGGGAUACACCAAUAAAUUCAAAUUCAAAUAUAUCUCAGUUUGGAGGGAAUGGAACAGAUCAUUCGUCAGGUAAAUUGCGAGUAAACUCGUCCACAUCAUCAAAAUUGUGUUCAACAGAACGUUCCGUGCAAGUUAGGAAAGGAAAGCCACGGGCUACAGAAAAUUUUGACGAAGGAAGCAGGUAUGAAGCUGUUGACGAGAUGUGGACAGAUAAUAUAGCAGCAACCUCAUCUUCUGUAAGUAUAGCUGAAGGAAGAUGCUUUGAGCAAGAUAAACCUGAGCGAAUCCUGUCACAAGACUCCAAAUUGGUGACUGGUAUCAGAGAGCUAUUGGGACUUCUGCGGACACUUGGGGAAGGCUAUAGGCUAUCAUGCUUGUUUAAGUGCCAGGAAGCACUAGAGGUCUAUAGAAAACUCCCAGAGCCACAAUUUAAUACUGGAUGGGUUUUAUGCCAGGUUGGGAAGGCAUAUUUUGAACUGGUGGAUUAUUUAGAAGCUAAUCAUUUCUUUGAGUUAGCGCAUCGAUUAUCACCCUGCACAUUGGAGGGAAUGGACAUCUACUCUACUGUUCUUUAUCAUUUGAAUGAGGAGAUGCGGAUAAGUUACCUUGCUCAAGAGCUUAUUUCUGUUGAUCGACUAUCUCCUCAAGCAUGGUGUGCAGUGGGAAAUUGCUUUGCAUUGCGUAAAGAUCAUGAGACUGCUCUGAAAAACUUCCAGCGUGCUGUACAGAUUGACCCGAGAGUUGCAUACGCUCACACUCUAUGUGGUCACGAAUAUUCUGCAUUGGAGGAUUACGAGAACAGUGUUAAAUUCUACCGAUGUGCACUUCAGGUGGAUGAAAGGCACUACAAUGCCUGGUAUGGGCUUGGAGUGGUGUACCUUCGCCAGGAAAAGUUCGAGUUUGCAGAGCAUCAUUUCAGAAGGGCAUUUCAGAUAAAUCCUCGGUCUUCUGUUCUUAUGUGCUAUCUUGGGAUGGCCUUACAUGCUCUAAAGAGGAAUGAGGAUGCACUGGAGAUGAUGGAUAAAGCUAUAUUUUCUGAUAAGAAGAAUCCGCUUCCCAAGUAUCAGAAAGCUUUAAUUCUGGUAGGCCUUAAAAAAUAUCCGGAAGCUCUGGAUGAGUUGGAGCGGCUAAGAGAGAUUGCACCUCGUGAGAGUAGUAUGUAUGCACUUAUGGGGAAGAUAUACAAGCAACUAAAUAUUCUCGACAAGGCUGUAUUUUGUUUCGGCACUGCCCUAGAUUUGAAACCUCCCGCUGCUGACCUUGCUAUAAUCAAGGCUGCAAUGGAGAAAGUACACCUUCCAGAUGAUCUGAUCGAGGAUGACCUGUAACUUAACUCAAAAGCACAAUGAGAAAUGGAAGUUUACCUGGAUCUAUGGUUUUCUGCUUGUGCUGUUUGGAAUCCUGGCCUGCUUGCGCUUUCCGAGGAAAUCAGGGCUUGAAGGAAGAAAACCAACACGUGGAAUCAGAAUUGACUGUUCCUAUGUAUUUUCUCAGGGCAUUAGGAUACAUCCAGUUUUGUAGCAUUAGCUGUAACCCGUAGACUGACAGCACAAGCAUAGUAGCUGUAGUAGUUUAGGUGUACAAGUUGAGUGUUGGCAUUGAAGCCUGUAUCACUGUACAAUUGUCCCAAUACCAAAAGAAACGAUCAAGAAAUAACGGAGGUCAUCCAAGGAUAAAAAGAUCAUUCCGAAUCGAGCAGAUUGUGAAUUGCACCAAUUUACUUCUCUGGUGCUUAAUUUGAAGGCAUGAAUCAAGCAGUCAAAAGCUUUGAAGAAGGCAGGAGGAAGGAUACGCUGAUGAGUUAGUCUACGGGUUCCACUGUAAGUAGUGGGGAGAUAAAUUUAGGGAAUAUGUGUGGAUUUGCAUCCAAAGAAAUUGUAACAUUUCGUUAUCUUACCAUGCUGUUGUAGUAGUAGUCUUAUGAUUCCUGGCAUCAUUAGUAAGAAAAUUAUCAGUUAAUGGUC